AUGGCUGCAGCUAUUGUGAUUGUGCUAGGAGACAUAGGAAGAUCGCCAAGAAUGAUGAAUCAUGCCCGAUCAUUGAUAGCUACUGAUUAUAUUGUGCACAUGAUUGGAUAUAAUGAGACGAAACUUCCAAAUGAUUUAAUCAACAAUGAAAAAUUGAAGAUCUAUUCAUUAACCUCAUCAAUACUCAACAAAAUAAAAUCAAUGCCAAGGUAUUUGUUUUUACUUUAUGCUUUAUUAAGAAUCAUUAUUGAAUCUUUUCAGCUUUUGCUAGUCAUUUUGACGAUAAAGAAUGCAAAAUUUAUUUUAAUCCAAAAUCCUCCAAGCAUUCCUACAAUUUUUCUUGCACUUUUAGGAUCAUGAUUAAAAAAUAUCCCACUUUGUAUUGAUUGGCACAACUAUGGGUUUUCUUUGCUACAAAUAGCUAAAAAAAGCUCAAAAAUAGUGAAAAUUGCAUAUGCAUAUGAAAAAGUUUUAGGAAAAUUUUCAGAUGGGAAUUUUUGUGUCAGCAAUAGGAUGAAAAAGCAUUUACUUCCCUUCCUUUUAAAUUGGAAAAUGUAGAACAAAAUAUCGGUAAAUUUCCAUUUUUUGGGAGUAAAUUAACAUCCCUUUAAAUUGAACAAAAUUUUUAUUUUUCGAUGGAAAAUUUAUAAGCAAGAAAGUUUAUUUUUUAUAUAAAUAGCUUAGACUUUACUUAAUGAAGGUAGUUCAAGUAGAAUCUAAAAAAUAUUUUGCACUCUAAAUCAAUUUAUUUUUUAAAGGAGGUCUCAAUAAAAAUCAAUUAAAAUUUAAGAUUUUUUACUUUUUAAAAUAUGAAAAUCAUAUAUGACAUUUUUAUAUUAAUUUUUUUUAAAAACAAAUUAUCCUAAGUGUGGAAUUUUUUCCGCGUGUGAAAAGAGGAUUCCACAUGUGAAAUCAAAAGAGCUCCACACGUGAAAAGCACCUUUUCACAUGCGGAAAAAAUUCCACACUUAUGUGGUAAAGUUCAAAAAUUUGCAAAUAACGAUAACUACUUUUAAAUUGGAACAGAAUUUUUUGUUCCAAUUUAAAGAGAGAGGGGGGAGCUAGAGGAAACAAUGGGCAUCAAGUCAACGACUUUAUAUGACAAACCUAGAAGAAAUCUCGCUGAGUCAUCAAAAAAUAUGAGAGAUGAGUUAAAUUUAAGAGGAUUUCUAAUUGUCAGCUCAACUAGUUUUACAGAAGACGAAGAUUUUUCAAUUGUGAUAUCAGCUUUAGACAAGCUAGAAACGGUUUUAACUGAGACUGAAUAUAUUACACUUGUAAUUACUGGAAAAGGUCCAUUAAAGGAUUAUUAUAAAAAUCUAAUAUCACAAAAGACAUGGAAAAAAUCCAAAGUCAUUUUUGCAUGGCUUGAGGCUGAAGAUUAUCCUACUCUAUUAAAGCAAGCAGACUUAGGAGUUUGUUUACACAUUUCUUCAAGCGGAUAUGAUCUUCCAAUGAAAGUUGUGGACAUGCAUGCUGCUGCUUUGCCUGCAUUAGCUUUUUAUUAUGAUACUAUUGAAGAGCUUGUAAUUUCUGGUAGAAAUGGGGAUACUUUUAAAAACUCACAAGAUUUAGCAGAAAAAAUUGAGUUUCUUAUAAGAAAUCCAAGCCUACUUAAAAAAUAUAGAGAUGAGCUAUUGAAGGAGAAGAAAGAAAAUUACUGACCUUUCCUCAUUUAAUAGUUCAUAUGAUAUAUCAAUAUAUCAUAAAAUCUAUAAUAUAUUUUUGCAGUCUCAAAAAAUUAACAAUUGAUUUUAACUGCAAUUGCAAUGGCUUAAAAUAUCUUUUAGUGUUUUUGUAUCAUAUAUAUUUCAAUUUAGUGCUUUCAAAAUUUCAAUAAACCACAAAAAUUUUAAAAAAUAAAAACUAUAUAAAAAUUAGAAAAAUUUCACAUAAAAAUUUAUAUCUCAAAUUAGCAUUCUUAACGUCUUAAUUAACAAUUUAUAUAAUUCUUACUCCCCCCCCCUUUAAAUUGAAACAAAAAAUUUUGUUUCAAUUUAAAGGGGGGUUAAGAAAAUUUUUUUAUAAAAAAAAUUUAUAUAUAACAAUUUUUUCAGAGAUAAAAUUUUAUAGAAAAUAAAAUUAUAUAAAUUUAAAGAAUUUCAUGAAAAAUUAAUUCAUAAAUUUCUCAAUCUCAAAGUGUAAACUUGCUGAAAUGGUAUUCUUCUAACUCUCCCCAUAACAAUUGGACAAAAUAGAGUUUAAUUUCUAAAUCUUAUAUGUUUGAAGCAUAUUAAAUAGGGUAUUAACGUAUUUACAUAUAAAAAUAAUGAUUUUUACCUAUAAAAUUUUCUAUUAUAAUAAAAUUUUUUGUUUCAAUUUAAAAGGGGGGGUAAUUUCCCAAAAAAGUAGGAAUUUUACCUAUAUUUUGUUUCAAUUUAAAGGGGGGGGAGUUAGAUUAUUUUUACAAUUUUGUCUACUUAUAGUUUGAAAACUUUGAAUAAUUUAAUAUAAGUUUAGCCUCAAUUAAUAUGAACAAAAUUUUGGGUCAUCUUUAUAUGGAGAAGUGAGAAGAUGUGUGGGUGAAAGCUGCCAAACCAGUUUUAAACGGCAUGCCAAAAAAUAAAGCGAGUUCAUGGAUAUUUAGAAUUAUACUUUCAAUCUGUAUAGCAAAACUAAUAACUUAUUUAUUCUUUUAG